AUGGCUACGCAAUUAGGAUAUUUUCUCUUAUGCGUGCUGCUACUAACUGGCUUUGCAUUGACAAAUAGCAAAGCUGAUAUCGGAGCUACACCCACUAAUUAUGACACUGCUUCUCUCAAUAGGAGCAGUUUUCCAGAGGGGUUCAUAUUUGGUGUAGGUUCUGCAUCUUACCAAUAUGAAGGUGCUGCAAAAGAGUAUGGUAGAGGACCAAGCAUAUGGGAUAUCUACACCCACAAGUAUCCUGAAAAGAUUACUAAUAGAAGCAAUGGAGAUAUCGCUGUGGAUCAAUAUCACCGUUAUAAGGAAGAUGUGGGGAUUAUGAAGAAUAUGGGGUGGGAUGCGUAUAGGUUCUCUAUUUCAUGGUCCAGAUUGUUACCAAAUGGAAAGUUAAGUGGAGGAGUGAAUAAGGAAGGAAUCAACUACUACAACAAUCUCAUCAAUGAGCUCCUACGCAAUGGUUUGAUGCCAUUUGCGACACUCUUCCAUUGGGAUCUUCCCCAAACUUUAGAAGAAGAAUACGGUGGUUUUUUAAGCCCUCGUAUUAUCCAUCAUUUUCAAGACUAUGUAGAACUUUGUUACAAGGAAUUCGGUGAUAGAGUAAAGCAUUGGACCACGUUGAAUGAACCAUAUACCUUUAGUAACUAUGGUUAUGGAAUCGGGUCAUUUGCACCUGGACGAUGCUCCGCUUGGCAGCAGCUAAACUGCACCGGCGGAGAUUCAUCUACUGAACCAUACUUGGUAACACACCACCUACUCCUUGCGCAUGUAACUGCGGUAAAAUUGUACAAGAAUAAAUAUCAGGCAUCUCAAAAAGGAGUGAUAGGGAUAACACUAGUGUCACAUUGGUUUGUACCCCUGUCUGAAGAAGCGAAAAAUAAAAAUGCUGCAUUACGAGCUUUGGAUUUUAUGCUUGGAUGGUUUGCGGAGCCAUUGACAAGUGGUGACUAUCCACAAAGCAUGCGAUCAUUUGUUGGAAGUCGAUUACCAAAAUUCACAGAACAACAAUCCAAGUUGUUGAUUGGGUCAUUUGAUUUUCUUGGACUAAAUUAUUAUGCUGGUUACUAUGCAAGUGAUGCACCUCAAAAUAACUCUGUACAUGCAAGCUACGUAACAGAUGCUCGGGUUAAUCUUUCAUCUGAGCGUCACGGGGUCCCUAUUGGUCCAAAGGGUGCUUCGGACUGGCUAAAUAUUUAUCCAAGAGGAAUUCAAGAUCUUUUACUGUACACAAAGAAUAAGUAUCAUGAUCCACUCAUUUAUGUUACUGAGAAUGGUGUGGAUGAGUCCAAUGAUCCCAAAUUAUCACUUGUGGAAGCCCUUAAUGAUACCCAUAGAGUUGACUACUACAAUCAUCAUCUCUAUUAUGUUCAAAGUGCAAUUGAAAAUGGUGUCAAAGUGAAGGGAUAUUUUCCGUGGUCAAUGCUAGACAACUUUGAAUGGAGUUCUGGAUACAAUGUUCGAUUUGGUAUCACUUAUAUAGAUUACAAUGACAAGUUGAAAAGGCACCCAAAACUCUCGGCACAAUGGUUCAAAAGUUUCCUUAAGAAGUAUUGAGAAUUUACCGUCAUUGUGAUGCUUUGAAAAUCAUCGUUAA